AUGAACGUAAUUGAACUGUAUAGUGGAAUAGGUGGAAUGCAUUUUGCUUUAAAAGAGUCUGGCAUUGAUUACAAAGUUGUCAAAGCUGUCGAUAUCAAUACUACUGCGAAUGAAGUAUACAAAUUAAAUUUUCCUAAAACAUUAUUACUGGGGAAAAACAUACAAAGUUUACAAUUAGAAGAUUUCAAUGGAAUAGACAUGAUUUUAAUGAGUCCUCCUUGUCAGCCUCAUACAAGAAAUGGUUUAAAAAGGGAUAAUUUAGAUGAAAGAAGUCAUUCUUUACUAUAUUUGUUAACUUUAUUACCAAAAUUACAUUCGGUUAAUUAUAUAUUGUUAGAAAAUGUAAAAGGUUUUGAAAUUUCGAGAAUUAGAGACGAAUUAGUGGACAUAUUGAUUAGUAGCGGGUAUACAUAUCAAGAAUUUUUACUAACACCAACUCAAUUUGGAAUACCCAAUUCAAGAUUAAGUGAUGGUGUUGAGAAUGAAAUCAUUAAUUUACAAACAAAUUUAGAAACUGAUUUUGUUCAAUGUUAUCCAUUAAAGGAAAUUUUAGAUGAGAUGAGAGUUAUAAAUCUUGUUGUUUUACUAAAGGUUAUGGACAUUUUGUUGAGGGAACCGGUUCCGUUUUGUCAUCGAAAACCUCCAGCCAUGUAUUUUACACCGAAAGAAAUAUCAAAACUCAUGUGUUUUCCAGACAGUUUAAUUUUUCCUAAUUAUUUUACUAAAAAACAAAAAUACAGGUUGUUGGGUAACAGUGUAAAUGUUCAUGUUGUCUCGAUUUUAAUUAAACUUUUAGUCUCAUAG